AUGGCCAAGGCUGAACUGCAUAAGUUCUUCUGGACCAUUUCACUACACCCACCGUAUUCCCCAGAUCUCGCUUCCUCAGAUAACUACCUUUUUCCCUAUCUCCAACAUCAUCUGGAUGGUCAAGACUUCCAAACCCGCGACGACAUCAAAAAGGCACUCGAGCAGUUCUUCAAGGAACAGUCCCCAGCGUUCUGGAGCAAAGGCAUCUACGAUCUGCCUAGUCGUUGGAAGAAGACCAUCGAUGCCAAUGGGGCAUACUUCAAAUGA